AGCAACUUUUGCGACAGGGUAGUUUAUUUACGGCCAUUGUGAUUAAUUGCUGUGAUAGAAGUAAACAAGUAAACUGCGCCUGCAGGCUCUCGGAAAGCAGCAAUACCAACAAGCGAGUGACAAUGCUCCUUCGAAAUCGAGCUGCUGUUGCACUUGGUCUUCGCCUGUGCUCUACCCAUGUCACAAAAGGGCCUGUUGUGGAAGCCAGCUCAGACAUGUCUGAGUUCCGGAAAGUCUUUUCCAAAGCCAAGCAUAUAGCAAUCAUCACAGGGGCAGGAGUGAGCGCGGAAAGUGGAGUGCCUACCUUCAGGGGAGCUGGCGGGAACUGGAGGAAAUGGCAGACUCAAGACCUGGCCACUCCAGAGGCCUUCUCUCGCAACCCGUCUCGGGUCUGGGAGUUCUACCAUUACAGAAGAGAGCUGGCAUUGAGCAAAAAGCCAAACGCAGCCCAUCUGGCUAUAGCCGAAUGUGAGGCCCGGCUGAGGAAGCAGGGACGUUCAGUAGUCGUCAUCACCCAGACCAUAGAUGACUUGCACCGACAGGCCGGGUCCAAACACGUGCUCAAGAUCCAUGGCAGUCUGAUGGAGACGCGCUGUGUGAGUUGUGGACAUGUGACCACGAACAGGCGAAGCCCCAUAUGUGCCUCCCUAAAGGGCAAAGGUUCACCUGACCUAGAGACUGCUGAUGCCCAGAUACCUGUGGAUAAACUGCCCAGGUGUCAGGAGAGUGACUGCAGAGGUCUGCUCAGACCCAAUGUAGUGUUUUUUGGAGAGACUCUGGACUCUCAUGUCCUGACUAAAGUGGAAAAAGAGCUGGAUACUUGUGAUCUUUGUCUGGUGGUGGGCACAUCUUCAAUUGUGUACCCAGCAGCCAUGUUUGGCCCGCAGGUUGCAUCUAGAGGCGUCCCUGUGGCAGAGUUCAAUACAGUAACGACCCCAAAAACAGAAUACUUUACGUACCACUUCCACGGCCCAUGUGGAACUACACUGCCUCUGGCUUUGGCACGACACGAGACAGAGAUAAUUUAAGAGCCAAGGGACUGACUAUAUUGACAGUAACCAGAGGGCUCCUUUACAGCAUAAUGCAAUCUGAGGCUGUUAGAUUUUAUCACAAUGUUUUCUUAUUCCAAAUUGCAUGCCUUAAGACACUUCACCUCUGAGGGCUUGAUAGACGUAGAGACAUAUUGUAUAAAAUUAAACUUUUUGAGAGAUUGAGAUGGAUUUCUCACUUGUGGAAUUAUAUGUACUGACUAAACUGGAAAUAGGAUUGUAUGUUUGAAUGUGUUGCUGGAAUUCUGAGCAGGGACUAAAAUAUGCAGCUUGAAUUAAGAAAGGGAAUGCACUACUAUGUAUUUCAUUGCAUAGGAAAGUAUGUCUUUAGAUUAUAGGCUACUGCUUUACAUAUCGUGCUAAUGAUACUCAUAAGGGAUUGUUUAAUUCUGAUAAAAACUCUCAAGAUUAUAUGGUACAACAAAACAACAUAUAUCAUUCCUAAUGCCAGUGGAGAGUACUUUUCUGCUCUUUCUCAACUGAAUGAACCAAUGUACAGUUCAAAACUAGUGCCUUUCAAACUGUUUACACAACCUUGACCAAAUACUCGCUUGAAACCUCAAAUACAUAGCAACCAAUGUUACAGAGAUUUAGCCAAGUGUACAGAGUUUGCUGUUGACCAAGGACAGAGAGGCUAGAGAGAGGGAAACCGCUGGCUUUUGCACCGUAUCCUGAUUCAGCAUUAUUCCCCUCUUGUGCUCUUUCACUCUGUUUAUCAUGAUGUCAUUAUGGUUACAUGUCAUGAAUUAUCUGUUAUACAUUUAAUGCAUUUUUUAAACAAAUGUAAAUGUCAGUUUUCUGAAAAAAUGAUUUUUUUACUCAAUCAAUGUUGCUGGAAACUGUUUAAGAAAUAUAAUUAAUCAAAUGAUAUUUAAUAACAUGAUUAUAUGUCUAAUUUUUACAACUUGUUUCUUUCUCUAGCAUCUCGCACAUUUUCUCAGAAUGCAGUACUAAAUAAAAAAACACUGCUAUUGCAAUUCUCCAGAAUGUAAUACAACAUUAAAACACUAAAAAA